UGCCCGGCGCCCCCGGCGCGCCCGCCAGCAGCCCGCCCUGCACCGUCAACAUCCCCAUCGCGCCCAUCCACAGCUCGGCGCAGGCCAUGUCGCCCACGCAGAGCAUCGGCCUGGUCCAGUCGCUUCUCGCCAACCAGAACGUGCAGCUGGACGUGCUGGCAAACCCGCCGGCCGAGGCGGGGGGCGAGGGGCCGGGGCCCUUCCCGGGGGCUCCGAGCCGCUUUCCCGGCCCCGGGGCGGGGGCGCUGGCCGUGGGGGAGCUGGGCCGCCCAGCCCCGCCGCCGCUGGCCCCGCCGCCCCCCGCGCCCCCCGCCAUCGCCCUGGCCGACCUGCGGGACCACGGCGAGCGAGAGCAUGAGCCCCCGGCCAAGGCCAAGGCCCCGCGGCCGGGGCCACCGCUGGUAGAAGGGGACGCCGUCAUCUUCGGGCCCGCUCAGGAGCUGCAGCUGAACAAGAUGAACCCGCCGCCUCCCUACCCCGGCACCAUCCCCGCCGUGCCCGCCCCCGCCCUGCCGCCCCCGCCCGGCCCCCCGCAGCCGCCCCUCGAUCUCUGCCUCAAGAAGGGGGAGUUCUCCCUCUACCCGGCGGGGCACUACCAGACGCCCCUGGGGUACGAGCGGAUAACGACGUUCGACAGCAGCGGGAAUGUGGAGGAGGUGUGCCGGCCUCGCACCAGGAUGCUCUGUGCCCAGAGCACCUACACCCUGCCGGGGCCCGGCAGCUCUGCCACCUUGCGCAUCACAGCUGCCGAGAAGAAGAUGCAGCAGCCCUGUGCCAGCGCCACCUUGAACCGGCUCACGGUCCCCCGAUACUCCAUCCCAACCGGGGACCCGCCGCCCUACCCUGACAUUGCCAGCCAGCUGUCCCAGGGCAGGAGCAUGGCGCAGAGGCUGGACAGCAGUAUCAUUCAUGCUACUCUGCGCAGGAACAGCAGAGAGGCAGCCCUGAAAAUGGCUCAGCUGAUGGAUGGUCAGAGAGCCACCUUACAACUUCCCCCUAAGGCCAAGAGCAACAUUGUGUCAGCACAGUACCAGCAGAGAGUGCCCACAGCCUUGUACACCUGCAGCCAGUGCAGCAGUGGCGGCGCUGGCAGCAGCAGCAGCAGUGUGAGCGCUGGUGGCGUGGCCAACAUCGCUAGCGCCAAUGCUGCCAGCAGCACUUCCAGUGUUGGUGGCAUGAGACCAGAUCUGAGCACAGGGAGUGGCUCCCAACACAGCUCUGUCAUUGCUCACUCUGUCAGUACUUCGCCUCUGGCCUCCCAGUCCUCCUACAGCUUGCUGAGCCCACCUGACAAUUCCCGUGACCGAGCGGAUUAUAUCAACUCCGCUUUCACGGAGGAUGAGGCCCUUUCUCAGCACUGCCCAGUGGAGAAAUCGGUACGGCACGUACCUGUGUCCUUGACAGAGACUACCCUUAGUGUAAAACGGCCCCCUCCGUACCAGUGGGAUCCUAUAGUGAGCGAAGAGAUAUGGGUUCCUCAGGAAAGGACAUCUCAGAGCUCAGUGCCCAACCCCCUAAAACCUCCUCCACUCAUCAUUGGUCAAGCUCAACAUCUGGACGUGUCUCGAGUGCCAUUUGUUUCCCCCAAGUCGCCCACCAGUCCCACUGCCACUUUUCAGACAAGUUAUGGGGUUGGAGUACCUUACCCAGGAAGCUACAGUGCCCCACCCCUUCAGGGAAUGCAGGCCCCCUGCUCCCCCAAAGAAGCUCUGGCCCCAACACAGUUUGCACAGCAGGAGCCCACAGUUGUGCUUCAGCCAGGUUAUCCAUCCAACCUCUCCUAUUGCCCUUUGCCACCCAUGUACCCGGGAAGUAGCACUUGCUCUAGUUUACAGCUGCCACCGAUCGCCUUGCACCCGUGGAGCUCCUACAGCACCUGCCCGCCCGUACAGAACCCCCAGGGCACCUUGCCCCCCAAGCCGCUCCUCGUGGUGGAGAAGCCAGUGAUGUCUCCCCCACCAGCAGAGCUGCAGGGCCACGUGGGCACAGAGGUAAUGGUGGAGACGGCAGACACUUUCCAGGAGGUGCUCUCCUUGACAGAAAGCCCUGUUCCUCAAAGGACAGACAAAUUUGGCAAGAAGAGCCGGAAGCGCCUGGACAGUCGAGCCGAGGAAGGAAAUGUGCAGGCUAUCACUGAGGGCAAAGUUAAAAAGGAGGCAAGGACACUGACUGACUUCAAUUCACUGAUAGCCAGCCCUCGGCUGGGGAGGGAGAAGAAGAAGGUCAAGAGCCAAAAAGAUCAGCUGAAGUCCAAGAAACUAAACAAGACAAAUGAGUUUCAGGACAGUUCAGAGAGUGAGCCGGAGCUUUUUAUCAGCGGAGAUGAACUGAUGAACCAGAGCCAGGGCAGUAAAAAGGGUUGGAAAACUAAAAGGAGUUUGAGGACAGCCAGUGAGCUGGAUGAAUUCAAGUGCCGGAAGGCCAGUGAGAAGGAGGAUGGGCGACUGGGAAGCCAAGGCUUUGUGUAUGUGAUGGCCAACAAGCAGCCACUGUGGAACGAGGCAACGCAAGUCUACCAGCUGGACUUUGGAGGGCGGGUGACCCAGGAGUCGGCAAAAAACUUCCAGAUUGAGCUGGAAGGACGACAGGUGAUGCAGUUUGGAAGAAUUGAUGGCAAUGCUUACAUUUUGGACUUUCAGUAUCCAUUUUCUGCAGUGCAAGCCUUUGCUGUUGCUCUGGCUAAUGUGACUCAACGCCUCAAAUGAAAAAGCAGAGACUGGAGAGAGGAAAAUGUUAACCUUCUCAUAAAGUCCAAUCCGGAAAAUGUCAGGGCAGCCUGCUUUAGGUGUGCAGAGAUGCCUGGGAGCUGAGGAGGCAGUAAAACUGGAAAAGUCUCUUGGUGCCCACCAUAAGGGCAUUAACUCUAACCAGUCAUGGGGUGGAGGGUGGGGGGCUGUUUUCUGUUUGUUUGUUUGUUAGCUUGUUUGUUUUCCGGUUUCUUUUUCUUUUCAAGCGUUGUGCUGGGUCUCAGAAAGAGCGAAGGGUUGAGAACCAUUCAGUGUUAUGUGGAGAAGUGUGGCUUUUGGCUUGUUGUGGUGGUUCUGCUGUGUGUGCUACAGUAGCUGAUGUAAGCUCAUGGGGGGAUUAAAACAGACUGCUCUUUUUGAUAGACUGCCUUAUCUCAUGCUAUUCUUUUUUAAACAGGGAACAUGACUUUUUUCUGGUCCAGUUUGUACUUCUACUACUAAAACAAAAGUGAUAUCAGCAGAAAAGUAAAAAAAGAAAAGAAGCUGUAAUACUUGACAUGUGUUUGUUCUCUGAUAUCUGCUAACAACUGAGCACCACAGGCUCCAAGGAGGCUUAUGUAGGCAAACCUUUAAUUUACAAACAGUGACAUAUUAUUCAGAAAAGAAAACAUAGUUGUCACUGGGUGUUUGUCAUGGUGUAGGAAUGGUAUUCUCCAGUUUAGUGUUUCCACCAAAACACUCCAAACCAUGCACCACGUGCUCACAGUCCCCUCCCCUUUUCCCUUCCCUGCGCUGGGAUGGAGAGGAAAAUUGGAGGCACAAAAGGUAAAGAUCACAGGUAGAGAGAAGGAUUUACUGCAAACAGCAGUGAAAUAAGAAAAGAAACAGUAACAGCAACAGCAGCAAUGACGAUAACAGAGUGCACCAGAGGCAAAGGAUUCACAGGCAUAUGCCCACCACAGGGGAGUCUCUGCCGAUACCUGGCUGUGCUGCCACACUGUGUGACCCACUUGGAACCCCUUCCCAUGGCCCCAGAAAAUGCUGGGAGGUGGUACAGAAUAACCUCAGGGUUCUAGCCUUGCCCUCUUCUGACUACUGCAAAAAUACUGUCCUGGCUAGAACCCGGGUUUAAAAACCCACUGUAUCAAAGAAGUUGAUGUCUGCUUGUUUCAUAUGCUGUUAAGGGGGAUAAACAUCUUUCAGUAGGUGACAGAAGACAGAGGAACAAAUAGUUACAAGCAUUGCUUCUUUUGUUACUGGCAUAACCAUCUUUCAGUAGGUGACAGAAAACUGGAGAAGAAAUAAUCAUGAGUGUUGCUUUUUUGUUCACAUUGUUCAGCAGUAUUCUGUGAUUUGGCCUGUAGCUGGGAGAGGUGCAGUGUGAUCAGAUGUACCUCUGAGACUAUGCCUGUGCUUGCUCAUGUCAGUGUGUUUACACUAUGUAAACAAAGUUUUUUCCAGCAAAUGAGAUGACCCAGUGUAUUCAGUCCUCUUAGCAAUCAGUAUCAAUCAAGUUCUACAACAGUGCUUGAAUUAGGAAGGAGAUGUAAGUGUAGCAAGUCAUUACAGGAAGAAAUUUCAGGGAAGCAAAUUCAUUACAAGAAACAGGAUCAUGGCUGGCUGGAGAACAAAUGUGUUGAAGGAGAAAGGAAAAACUGGACAGAUUCAUGUCUUUUGUCACCCACCUUGCUACUUGCUCCAGCUAAGAGCAGGGAUACAGCAUCUACAUGGAGUGUGACAGAGGAAAGCUUAAUAACAGUAACAGACUGUGCAGUUCUCCCUGGUGCACAUGCAAACCUGUUGAGCAUUUCAGAAGGUUGCUUGCACAGAAGAGUUUCUUUCUUUUCCAUGUGUUGUGCUCAUGUUUAUUUGCUUUUUCUCUUUCCUCCUUGUCAGCAUUUUGCUACAGAAUAUGUUGUUAUAUGGAAGUAGUUUGACCAGUAAUACACAAACCGCCAAACUAUUCAUAUAAUUAUUUGGACAUUAGAUUACAAAACAUCACAGCAGAUUUUUUUCAAAAAUUGAUCUUUUGAAGUUAAAGGCCCCCUGGGAAACAUUUGGUGGUUGAUAUGUCAACAGCUGCUUUGUCUUUCAUCUAUGGUUUAGGUUCUUUACUUGAAAAACUCAGUAUAACUUAAGAUAAAUACGUGUGAUUUUCUCUCCUUGUUUUUCUUGAGUCCUAGGAGGAAGGCAGAUGUGUGUUGCACUUGAUUUAUUCUGGAGGAACAUUUCACAUAAGACCCUGCUGUAGUAGAAAUUACCAGUAUGCAGUGAGCUGCUGAUUUGUGCCCUGCUGAGGCUCCCAGAGCUGUACAGCACAGAGAAGGAAUGCCAGUAGAAGAGUUUCAGAGAGUUGCCAAGGGAGGUGAUGAGUUAGACUGGAUAAUGCCCCCACAUAGGUCCAGGAAAAACCACUUGUGGGAUGGUGUCAUUUGAGAGAGGAAGGAGAAGUAGGAAGGAAGGAGUGGGGCAGUAGAUGGUCCAUACCUGUAUUAUGCCAGAGCUUAGCAUCUUCUGCUUGUGUGUGGGAAUGGUCAGGCUCAACAUUACCCUUGGCAUGUCAGAUUGUUGUUUUCUUUAAUUAAUUAGUUUUGUUUCCAUUAAUUGUCUGAGCCCAUUUGUGUUCUUUUUCACUUGCUUGAUUUAUUCAGCAGUUUGAGUGCCUGUAUGUAUAAUGUGUGUGGAGCAGAGGAACUGAAAUAGAUUUGGUUCUGGUCCCUUGAAAAUCAAUGGGCAUGUUUCACUUGUUGGUUUUUAUUGAGGAAACACUAUUAAGCCCUUUGUCUAUAUUGAGUUAUAAACUGUAAAAACAAUAGGUUGAAUUCUUAGUCCACUGAUUCCAGUACAUAGGGAGGGAAGUUCACUGAUGAGAGGCUUCACCUGCCCUAAGGUCUGUGCUAACCAGCUGAACCCUAAUUAGUGUUUGACAGGCACACAGUGAACACUGUAAAAUAAGGAACAUACCAGGGCUGGCUUGUUUGCUUGCUGAGGGAAGGGCCACUUAGUCAUGUGUCAGAAAUACUCAGCUGGAAGAACAUCACCAGCCAAGAUUAUUAGGACAUGGAAACAAUGUGAAUGUUCUUUUCUGAAGAAAACCUAGUCUAAAUAAGGACUUCUGCUUGCAGUUUCUUCAACCUUCCAGAGAACAGUAUUCCUCUUCACUUUGUUAAUUGCCAAAAUUUUCCAGUUAUCAAUAGUUUGUUUUAAUGGAGAACCAAGAACUGAAGCCGAUAAAACAAGUAACAGAGUUAGUAAUUUGGUUUCACUGGUCCAGGUCAUGAUUGCAUCCUUCUGAUGGCACUCACAAAGAGCCUUGUCAUAGGAGGAGCUCUGGUUUCUGUCCCAGCAAAGAACAAGGAAUAAUUACCAAAAAAUUGGGAAAAUAAAUGCUAUUUCCAACACCCUUUCCAUUUACUUGUCAGAAAAUUCUAUAAGAUAAGAUAGUCUUUUAUUUUUUUGAAAAUAAUUUAGCCAAGUCUAUUUAAUUAAGGAUUUUUAAUAGGUAUAGGAUCCCAAUAUUAGAGAAAAUACUCUCAAAUAUAUUGAAUUUUAAUGAAAAGAAUGGUAAACACGUGGAAAUCUGAGUGUGCAACUGGAUCCUAAAUUAUAAAAAGAGCAGGUGAAAGUAAUUUUAUUUUCAAUUGAGAUACAAUAUAGGAAACUAAUUUAAGAAUGUCUCCAAUUAAUCAUUUAAAUUGUGAAGACUGCUAUUGCAUUCAGCCAAAAAGAUAAAUGUUAUAUGUUCUAUUUUGUUAGUAAAAGCCAUUUUUUCUGUAGGUAACUUAAGUUCUUCUAGGAUUAAUGUAGCAAAAUGUUCAGAAAUAUUUAGUUCUUUUAUACAAGCAGUAAUUUCCACUAGUAAAGGAUGUUUUUUCCAAAGCGUAUUUUUUUCAGUUGUGCAAUAAUUUUAACAGUCUAGGGAGUUUAUUUAGUUUCUGUUGGGUUGGUUUUUUGUUUUGUUUUAGUUUGGGUUUGACUAUUCUUUAGGGAGUUUUGAGUGUUUUUUUUUAAAUAAUUUAAUGCAGAUUUCCUGUUAAUGUCCGAAAAACAAAUUAUUUUUCUUGCAUAAUGUAAUGAGUGAUUUAGGGAUUAUUUUAUUACUAUGUAUCAGUGAGUUAUACACAGUUAUUUAUAUUUAAAGAGCAUCUUUGUAAGUAGUUGUUUGCUAGCAGAUAUAUUUUGCUGCAAGAAAUUAAAAAUGCUUAUAGGCAGAUCUGGUUUUGCUGGAUAAUAUGCAAAAACUUAAUAAUGCAGGCAAAACUAUUUUUUUGGCAGCUAAAUGCAAUGAGUUUGCUAUGGAGAACUGUGCAGACUACAAAGAGUCUAGGUGAGUUCUUCAGGACCUGCAGAAAUCUGUCCUCUGCUUUCAUUCUUUACUUGCAACCAUACUUUGGUUGGGAGUGGCUUAAAAAUUAGAAGGCAUGGUUUGCUUUUUCUUGAGGUACAAGAUAAGGUGGGUUACGUGAUAAGAGAGGUGGUAUAAGUGAUAUGUACAUAUGUUAUAUGUGAUACAAUGACAUGGGCUCUUUGUAAGGAGGUCACUGUAGUUUAGUAGGGUUUGGCGAUGGCAGAGUUCAGUGCCAGGUGGAGGAACAGGCAAACUAGCUUGGAAUAAGCUGAGGCACAAGGAAUAUUGUAGCAGUAGAAGCAUUUUCCCGUGUAGCAUUUUCCUCUGCUCAACCUAACAAUGCUGCUUCUUUGGCUGGGCUCAGUGGGUUCCAGUGCUGCCACAGUGCUUCUGGCAGGUGCUGCACGGAGCUCAUGGAGCUGUGCCCAGAUACUGCCUGCAGAAGCUUUGCCUCUUCAAGAUGCUCCAUAGGAGACCUGUUGGAGCAGGCAUUCCUCCACUCAUCCUUCUAGGUCUGCUCCAAGAGCAGCAUGAAGCUGCCAUGGAGUUUGGCUGCAGCAGCUUUGGGCAGAGAGAGCCCCAAUGCCAGCCAGCAGCCACAGUGUCCAUCUGAAGUCAGAAUCUGCUCUGCUGGAGUUGCAAAGGAAUGAAACCAAAAACCUGAUAAUUUUGAAAAAAUAAUAGUGAUAUCCUCAAAAUAGAUCUCGAACAGAAUCUAAUAAUUGAUAUUUAAAGUCUGGCAUAAAUGGAGUGGCAAAUUUUAGCUUUAAACAGUAAGAAUACAUGCUUCUGCAGCAUCCUAAGAAACUAUGAGAAGACAGGGGGUAGCAGAGGAAAAAAAAAAAGGAAUUAUCACAUAAGUAAUUUUGCACUCAGUUCCAGAGAACACACUAACAUGUGCCGUGGGCUACCUGAGUAUCAGUAAAUUUGCACACAGGUUCAUCUCAGUUGCAAAAGUUUCCUGUGAUGCAUCCACAAGUAAAACAGUGUUUUCAUGAAGAUGUGUGAAGGUCUGCAGGUGUCAGACACAGAUAUCUAUUGAUGAAGCCUUCAGCCUAAACCUUCCAUAGAUUGAGGCUUUCCUUGAUGUGUCUUUUUAGUGUCCUCUCAGAAAUUACAAACAGAUUUUGGAGCUUGCCUGAUUGUUGCCUCAGACAAUUUCUGUGCAUCUUCUUUUUGCAGCCUGAUGUGUGUGAUCCUAUGUUACCUUGGUGCCCUCUUAUCUCUCAGAAACAUUUUACAUCCUCAUAUAAAAAGAGCAGCAAGUACAAAAACUGAUUUGAUGAAAUGAAAGGGGAGAGAAGACUUUUAAGAAUGUGUUUCCCAGAGCAACAGUUUUGAAAUUGCAUGUCUGCAGGGCCGAAAUUACUCCAGACCAGUAAAUCAGACUUACAGAUUGGUAAGAGAUGAGACCCUUGUGUGGCAUGCUGACAGAGGGCCAACUUUCAGCCUCACUAGAUGGUUACAUCAAGAUACAUAAGAGACCAGAAUCCAACCCAAAAUGUGCUUCCCCAUUACUGUGUGAUUUUAAGGUAAAGAUGACUUGUAUGACCCAUACAUCCACUCAAGAAAAUUAUAGAGCAUUGUCCAACAACUGUGUUGACAGCUCAGUAUAACCCCCCUUGAAGAAUACUAGAAGUAAAAUCCUGGCCAUGGAAUAGUCAUUCAGAUUUUUAACUUUUAUUCCUAUUUCUAGGAUUCCAUCACAGGAUAGUAGGGCAAGCUGUUCAUGUUAUUUAGAGAUUGGCAUAAUGGUUUUCCCAGUGUAAGGGAACGAGUCAUCUAUACUGCUUACAAAAAUGGGAAGAUCCUAGUAGACAAACUGUUUUUUCUAUUCAUGUCUCUUCCCCUUCAAGGCACAAACCUUCAUUAGUAAAUACCAAUUUAGAGUCUUGCUGCCCUCAGGAGUAGUCUGCAGGGAGGCACCACAGGUCCUCUUUACAGGACUGGAAUUUACAUGCACCAUUCUCAAAGGAAUAAAUUUAAUUACUACUUGUGAACAAUGGUCUAUGUGAAUUAUUUUGUCUUUGUAUUUAUUUAUUUUUCUUUAAAAGUCCCACGGAGAUGUUUUAAGAUGAAAAGACUGCUUUCUGUGUUGCCUGAUAUCACUGAAGUUGUAUCAGGAGUUUCUUUGGGCGAUUUGACUGUUGCUGCAUCUAGAAAUUUUUAAAAGUAAAAGCAAUUAAUGAAACAAAAGAAUUAAAUAAGAUUCAGUGAAGCAAUUAUUGCUAAGAAAACUAGAAGCUUCACCCUUUAACUUUUGAUUUUGCAAAUGAAUUGGUAAUGAGAAAUUUGUUUUUCAAGGCAAAUUGAUUGUUUGGAAGCACUAUGCAAGUACACUGGUUUGCUGACACAGAGCUGACUGCAGGGUCAAGAAAACGUGAUUUUGUGAGAGAAAAAUAAAAUAAAUGAAAAAACCAAAUACUUACCUAUCCAGAGUGUUCAAUGAAAAAAUUAGAUGGUGUGAUGUCAAAGCCUGCCAGUCUGUUCUUAAUCCUCUAGUUUACAAUUUUUAAAUAUGGACUGAUUCAGCAAUUCUAAAUCCUGACAAAGGUGGUCUAUUUUUGGAAUUUUAUCUGACUGGCCAAGUAGAUGGCUUAAGAUACAGAUAAAGAUUAAAGUAAUAAUAAAAGAGAAAUAUUUUGGAACAGUGUGUUCUAAAGAAGACACCUGAGUUUCAAGUAUUUCACAGGAAUAAUGCUCGGCCAGUAAUUGUUACCUAUGUUGUUUGAAACUAUUUGUUCAGAACUUUUCUAACUUGCCCUUUGUUUCUUUAGUUUGCUUGAUACUUGUUUUGCCUUUGGUUGCUUUUGACUUCUGUUUCACUAUUUCAGCAUUCACUUCUUUUUCUGUUUGUGUGUUGUGUGUUUGGGGAAGGGUAUGUCUGUUCAAGAUCUUGUUGUUUAUUGUAGAUAAAAUAUAUGGUGUUGUGGAAUAGCAUGGGGAUGCAUUUGAUUGAAAAGGCACUGUAGUGUUUCCUGAAAAAGAAGGGGAGUUGCAUUUGUUUAUAAAUGCAUUAUUUUGAUACUAUAACUUUGAAAGUGAUUUGGGAUUUUCUUCUUCCCUUCCCUUCCCUUCCCUUCCCUUCCCUUCCCUUCCCUUCCCUUCCCUUCCCUUCCCUUCCCUUC